UGCUCCCCAUCUCUUUUGCUUCAGCUUCACUCUCAUCAACACCAUCAUGCACCCUCCUCACCUUGCUGCGUUCGCGGCGCUGGCCUCAGUGGCAGCCUCCACAAAGACCUGCUUGAACCAAACCAUUCCCGUCACUAUCGAAUCGCGUAAUGGCGUGUUCGACAUAGCAAUUCCGCACCAAAACCUCGACGUGACGACCUUUGUGCAGAACAUGACGCGCCAAGGCCACAACUUCACCAACGAGGCGCUCAUUGGCUACCAGACUGUGGCUGGCACGUACAACAUCUCGACCAAGUACUGCUACGACAAUGAUACGGAAAGCUCGCCCAACAAACUUCAAAUCUUGACACAUGGCAUUGGCUUUGACAAGACCUACUGGGACCUGUCUUACAACAACUUCAACUACAGUUACAUCAACUCUGCCCUCGCCGCCGGCUAUGCAGCCUUGAGCUACGACCGUCUCGGGAUCGGCAACUCCUCGCACGGCGAGCCACUGAAUGAGAUCCAGGCCUUCCUCGAAAUCGCAGGCAUGCGCGCGCUCACUACCAUGCUGCGCACAGGCUCCUUCCCCAACGUAGACCACAGCUACAGCAGCAUCGUCCACGUCGGCCACUCCUUCGGAUCCGCGCAAUCCUACUCCUUCGCAAACAUGUACCCCAACGAAACCUCUGGCCUUGUUCUUACGGGCUUCUCGAUGAACUCGUCCUUCCUGCCCUACUUCGCCGCGGCCUCCAACUUCGGCCUCGCGUCCCUGAACCAGCCGCUGCGCUUCGGCAACGGCUCCGCCGCGCUCCUGCAGCAGACGCUCGGCAAGAGCGAUCUGUACGAGUACGUCAAGUUCGUGGACCUUGCGAACCUCCCCACGGGUCAGAACCUCACGGACGGCUACCUCACCUGGGCGAAUAUCCAGGCGAACCAGUACAACUUCUUCCUACCCGGCCACUUUGAUCCGCGCCUGUUGGGCGUGGCCGAGGAGAACAAGCAGCCCGUCACCCUUGGCGAGCUGCUCACGCUCGGGUCGGUCCCGACGGAGAACCAGUUCACUGGUCCCGUGCUCGUCAUCACGGGGGAGGCGGACGUGCCGUUCUGUGGUGGUGACUGCUUCGCUACGGGCGGCGUGGCGAGCUCCAUCCCUGCGGCUGUGAAGGCGUCAUUUAACGUGUCGGAUGAUAAAUUCGAGGCGUACAUCCAGCCCGCGACGGGCCACAGUAUUAAUGCGCAUUAUAAUGCGACGGGUGCGUACCAGGUCAUUAAUAACUGGCUGAGUAGCCAAGAUCUGUAGAGCGCCUUGCUUCUAUGGUGAAGAAGGUAAUGAGAAGACAGUGCGGGCUGGGAAUACAUGACAAAAGCGAGUAAUUGGUGGAGGGAGACUAUUUGGUGGAUACGAAGAUUGCAGCCCUUUCAGCCAUUUAGAUGGGAGAGAAGUGAGCAUUUAAUUCUCUGUAGAUACGACUCACGAGUAAUGUCUUAUUCGAUAGCGGAGGUAGUUAUUAGCAUUAAGG